ACUUCUUCACGCUCGCAUACGGGAGUUUGUGGCUGUAGAGGUGCUAGAACGUGUCUCCUCUGCGAGGGAGAGGUUGGGAAACCCGUCAGAAGAGAUGAUACUGCUUGUCCUUCGCUGUACCCCUGCUACAGAUGCGGCGAGGUGCGCUCGUCGCUCGAGGACUGUCGCCGAUCACGAGACCCCGCCCUCUCUCCACUCCGCGUCUGCAGCAGAGAACCCUGCAAGGCAUCUAAAGUCCUCAGCCCUUCCCUGCCCUCGUUCACGCAAGCCACCACUCCCCCGUUUGACGGCGUGACCGUCGUGAAGGAGUUCCUAACGAAGGAAGAAGAGGCCGCCAUAUUGUCUGCAGUUGACUCUCACGCCUGGAUCGACUCUCAGUCAGGGAGAAGGAAACAGGACUAUGGACCAACGGUGAACUUCAAGCGACAGAAGUUGAAGCUGGGUGCCUUCAGGGGCCUGCCACAUUUCAUCGAACCACUUGUGAAGAGGAUGAGAGAGGAAGUGGAUGUUCUUGCUGACUUUUUCCCGUGGAGUUGUGUAACCUUGACUACAGACCGGAGAGAGGAGCACACAUUGAGGCACAUCGCGACGACAGCUGGCUUUGGGGGGGAGAGGCUGGUCACCCUCAACCUCUGUUCUCUCCACUCUCCUCACCUUCUCACUACCCACCUCCCUACACCCUCACCCUCCACAGGACACACUACACCCCCAACCUCCACAGGACACACUUCACCCCCACCCCAAAAUCCACGUACCCCUACCUCCGCAGUCACUAGUCGUGGUUCAAGGAAAUGCAAGACACGCCUGGCUCCAUUCAAUAGAGAGAGAAAACAUUAUUACCAGAAGAGUGGGGAUAACCCUGAGAGAAUUGACUAAUGAGUUUCUGCCUGGUGGAAACUCUGAAGGGAUCGGGAGGCAUUUAUUAGAUAUAGCUCAGCAGUUUACUGGAGAGCCAACUAACUUCUAAUUAAUUUUAUUGUGCUGAAGAUUGAUGUGU